AUGGGGUUUGGCAGGGGGAUAUGGGUACCAGAAUGGGCUUUCCUGUUAGCAGUUUGCUGUAUCCAUCAGAUAGGAGCCCAGAAUGAAAUCCAACAGGAAACAAGAAGCACUGAGGUUGUUCAGCAGCAACAAAACACUUCUGCCACAGUUUCAUCUAAAGUGAACAUCAUUCAGCCAAUGCUGACAAAUCCAGUAAUAACAUCUUCCAAUCCUGCUCACAAUGGCCGCGUGUGCAGUACAUGGGGCAACUUCCACUUCAAGACCUUUGAUGGAGACAUAUUCUUCUUCCCUGGGCUCUGUAAUUAUGUUUUUGCAUCCCAUUGCAAUGCUCCCUAUGAGGAUUUCAACAUCCAGAUUAGGCGCAUAGUGGUGGACAAUGCUCCAACAAUCAGUCGUAUCACCAUGCGACUUGAAGGUGUAGCUGCUGAACUAACAAAGGAUGUUGUCAUGAUCAACAGCAACAGAGUUCAACUGCCGUACAGCCAAUCUGGAAUUACGAUAGAGAAAAGCAGUAUUUAUGUGAAAGUUGCCAGCAAAAUGGGUAUUGUGUUAAUGUGGAAUGAAGAUGACAGUAUCUUGCUGGAAUUGAAUGAGAAAUAUGCCAAUCAGACCUGUGGACUUUGUGGGGACUUCAAUGGCUUUCCAAUUUACAAUGAGUUCUAUUCAAACAAUAUUAAGAUGACAGCCUUGCAGUUUGGGAAUAUGCAGAAAAUGGAUGGACCAACAGAAUACUGUGAAGACUCCACUUCUACCCUGCCAGAUAAUUGCACUGAUAAUUUUGAUGACAUAUGCCAGAAAACUUUGACCAGCUCUGCAUUUGCAGAGUGUAACGGGCUAGUUGAUGUUAGUGAGUACAUUAUGGCUUGCCAAGAUGACUUGUGCCUCUCUGAAGAGUCUAAAAACGCCUCGUGUAUCUGUCACACCUUUGCUGAAUACUCCCGACAGUGUGCUCAUGCUGGUGGGCAUCCUCUGAACUGGAGAACCUCAAAACUGUGCCCCAAGAAGUGUCCUUACAACAUGCAGUACCAGGAGUGCAGCUCCCCCUGUGCUGACACAUGCACCAAUCCUGAACGAUCUCAGUUUUGUGAAGAACACUGUAUGGAUGGUUGUUUCUGCCCCCCAGGGACUGUAUUUGAUGACAUCAACAAUUCUGGCUGCAUUCCCCAUCAGCAGUGCUCCUGUGUUUACAAUGGCAACACCUAUGCUACAGGAACUUCUUUUUCAGAGCAGUGCCAUUCCUGUACCUGUAAUGGAGGCCAGUGGAGUUGCCAAGACAUGUCAUGCCCAGGAACAUGUUCAGUAGAGGGAGGUUCGCACAUUUCCACAUAUGAUAGAAAACAUUAUGAUCACCAUGGAGACUGCACUUAUGUCCUUUCUAAGCACUGUAAAGAUGAAACAUUCACCAUCCUGGCAGAACUACGCAAAUGUGGCCUAACAGACACUGAGACAUGCUUAAAGACAGUGACACUCAACAUGAAUAAAGGACAAACUCUCAUCGAGGUCAAACCUGAUGGUGGUGUGUUUGUGAACUCGAUCUACACCCAGCUGCCCAUAUCAGCAGCUAACGUCACCAUAUUCAGACCUUCAUCAUUCUUCAUCAUCAUGCAGACAAACUUCGGCGUCCAACUUGAAAUCCAAAUCAUACCCAUCAUGCAAGUGUUUGUGCGACUGGAUCCUAUUUUCAAAGGCCAGACCUGUGGUCUCUGUGGAAAUUUCAAUAAUAUCCAAACUGAUGACUUCAAGGUCAUAAGUGGAAUAAUUGAAGGAACAGCAACAGCAUUUGCUAAUACAUGGAAAACUCAGGCUUCAUGCCCUAAUACCCAGCGCAGUUUUGAGAACCCUUGUGCACUCAGCAUUGAUAAUGAAAAAUAUGCUCACCAUUGGUGUGGACUACUAACUGACCGCAAGGGACGUUUUGCUGAUUGUCACUAUGCCGUGAAUCCCUCUCUUUACCACAUGAAUUGCAUAUUUGACACAUGUAACUGUGCAAAUAGUGAGGACUGUCUGUGUGCAGCCCUGUCUUCCUAUGUGAGAGCUUGCGCUGCAAAAGGAAUCCAGCUGCGUGGAUGGAGGACUGACGUCUGCUCAAAAUACACCACCUCAUGUCCCAAAUCUCUAAGCUACAGCUAUACUAUCUCUUCCUGUCAACCCACUUGUCGAUCUCUGAGUGAGCCUGAUGUUACAUGCAACAUUAAGUUUGUCCCAGUUGAUGGCUGCACCUGUGUAGAUGGAACCUACAUGGAUGAGAGUGGCAAAUGUGUGCCUGCUAAUGAAUGCCCCUGCUACUACAGAGGAUCUCCCAUACUAUUUGGAGAAGUUGUCAAUGAAAAUGGGCUUAAUGGUACAUAUUCCCCUCAGCUGGACAACAGGGACAGGGAGCAGAAUGAAGCCCCCGUAAUCCAAGGGGAAACG